UGUGUUUAGUUCGACCAGAACGAGUAAUAUUGAAAGUGAUUUUUUUUUACUAAAAAAUACGUAAAAAAUUUCAUUUUAUUUCCGACAAAAUCAUUUCAAAGAAUUCACAUUCGUACGAAAUGUGCAAAUAAUUGUGGAAAAAGUGCAUGAAAAAUUUUGCAAAAAGGGUGAUUUCGAAAUUGAAAUUCACGUUCAUCUUAUCUCUUUUUGUGGCAAGCGAAUUGACAAGAAAGAUCAUGUAUUUGAUUCGCCUGUAUUUGUUGUUAUUCAGCGUAAGCAUAUGUUUGUGUUUAUUGCCGGAUAUCGUUGAUUACAUUGAUUUGGACGAUGAAUUGGAUUGGGAUGGUUCGAAUGAAUUGGAUACAAAUUCAACCGAAAUACCACCGGAUAGUGAAUAUACAACAAAUUCGACACCGAUUAUUGAGAAUGUAUUAAAAAAUAUUAGCGUCGAUGAAGCACUUGCCGCCGAAACAAAAGUACAUGAAUUAAGUACCAUAUUAAAGUCCACAAUUCAUCGUAUUAGGCAACAGUUCAAAAAAAUGGAUAUUGUAUUUUUAAUCGACUCCAGUUCAAGCGUGGGCAAAACCAAUUUUCGCAGCGAAUUAAAAUUCGUGACAAAAUUUCUAAGCGACUUUAAUGUUAGCUUCAACUAUACACGUGUUUCCAUUGUAACAUUCAGUUCACAAGAGAAAAUUGUGCGUCAUGUAGAUCAUAUAUCUGAAGCUGAUCCGGAAAAUGACAAGUGUAAAUUGCUUAAUUUUCAAAUGCCUGCGAUAGAAUUUUCCGGUGGCGGAACUCAUACAGCUGAUGCACUAAUACAAGCAACGAAUAUUAUGAUGAAAGCCAGGCGACAUAGCAAAAAAAUAAUUUGCCUCAUCACCGACGGCUUCUCGAAUGGUGAAGAUCCAUUACCAAUAGCGGAAAAAUUAAAAGCAGAAAAUAUCACAAUCAUAACGUUUGGCAUUCAAUCUGGUAAUUUUGCCGAAUUACAUCGACUUUCAAGUGAUCCCGGUUAUGAACAUAGUUUUUUGCUCGACAGUUUUGCACAAUUUGAGAGUUUAGCCCGAAAGGCAUUGCAUACGGAUUACAAAAUCGGAAACGCGAUCCGCAUUAAAAAUAGUUCGUUAUGUGACACACUCUGUGAUAAUAGUCAGCUCAAUGAAACAUCAUCUUGCUGUGAUUUGAAUGCGGAAUGUACUUGCUCAACGAUAUCCGGCCAUUACUCGUGUCUAUGUGCACCUGGCUACUAUGGAUCUGGUUUAACAGACAAUUGUGACCUUUGCCCGAAUGGUACAUACUGGCACAGUUGGAAUCUAUGCAAACCAUGUCCCGACAUAAAUCACAUUACAAGCGAAUUUCCAGCUGUUAAUUCGUCGUAUUGUGCGUGUAAAUCUGGUUUCAAAGCGGAUGCAAAUAAUCGAUGCGAAAUUUUACGAUGUCCAAUGUUACAACCACCCGAAAAUGGAUACUUUGUAAAACAUCCGUUGGGUUGUGAUCGUGUUUUAAAUACGGCGUGUGGUGCUCGUUGCAAAUCGGGUUAUCAAUUGAUCGGCAGCAGCAUUCGAUUGUGUCAAGAUAAUGGUACAUGGUCUGGUGUUGAAGCGAAAUGCGUACUGAAAACCUGCCCAAAAUUGCCAGUUCCAUUUUAUGGAAUGGCAACGUGCAAAAAUAAUGACUUGAAUUUAUUCUUCGAUUAUACACCGCGAAAUGAAACGUUUAUGGAAUAUUAUAAUGACGAGGAGCUUCGCACCACCGAACUCAUGCCAAUCGAUACAGAUUGCAAGUUUAAAUGUGGACCCGGAUUUUAUAUGAUUGGAUCGGCAACACGCAAUUGUUUACCACUUUCCAAAUGGGAUGGACUAAUGACGACUUGCAAGCAGAUCAUGUGCUCUGGUCUACCGGAAGUGAGUUUUGGAUAUUAUGAUCCAACUGACUGUACAAAUCAAAAAGUGGUACACGGUUCGAAUUGUACAUUAAUCUGUGAUCCAGGCUUCGAACCUAAAGGUGGAUUAAAGAUAAAGACUUGUGGUGGAAAAAAGUCAGGUGUAUGGUCAAAUCGUAGUAAAUUACCAAAAUGUGUUGAUGUCACGCCUCCCAGUUUAAUGUGUCCGCAAAAUUUUUCGGUUCCAAUGAUUGAAGAUGAUGAUCAUGCACUUGUUAAAAUCUUUCCGGCUCCAAAUGUAACCGAUAAUUCGGGUGGCAAUAUAACUUUUUUUCUCAAGCCAUCGGUUAAAGAAGACGGUGUUCAAUUACAGUUGGGAAAUCAUACAUUCAGUUAUAUUGCGGUUGAUCCAUUUCGAAAUAAGGCCAGAUGUAAUUUUACCAUCAUCGUAUUGGAUAUAACACCACCAAACAUCGACAAUUGUAUCAAUCCACCGGAAAUAUUUAUACCAAGUGCACAAAAUCUAACGGAUAAUCGAUCAUUUGUCGAUUGGGCUGCUCCGAUUAUUUACGAUAAUUCAAAUAUCGAUGUGAAUGUAACACAAUCAAUACAUCCAGGACAUAUUGGGAUCGGUGUACAUACUGUCAUCUAUACAGCGAUCGAUUCAUCGGGCAAUAAAAAUGUUUGCACAUCAAAUGUAACCGUUAAACCAUUGCAAUGUAACACGCUCUCUGCGCCAGCUAAUGGAAAAUCAUUGUGCGCAAAGAAUGAAACGCACACAUGGUGCGAUGUUGUUUGUGAUCUUGGUUUCAGCAUUUAUGACGGAGACGACGAACAUUCUGAUCAUGUACGAUACAUUUGUGAAAAUGAUAGUGCACAAUGGCCAUAUGAUCCGUUGCCAGACUGUACAAAAAUCGAAUUACCCGAUAGCAUUGAACAAGUAUUUAGCAUAACACUCGAUGAUGAUGUGACCGUGUGUAAAAAUAAUUCCGAACUAACUACAUCGAUGGUACACAAUUUAUUGAUUUCACAAAUUCGCCAGCAAUUGUGCGAAGAUUUAGAGCAGUGUGAAAUUUUAUCGGAAAUUCCCGAUUGCAAUGAAAUCACACGAAAUAAUCUUGAAUUCGAUGGAAUGGAUGAAACAACAAAUCGUAAUUAUUAUAGCGUUGUUAAACGUGACGCGAGUACAGUGGAAGAAAAACGAAAUCCAAAUCGAAUGAAAGCGUCUACGUCAUCGCGAAAUAAUGCAAAUAUGAAAAUUAAAAUUUACACGAAAAUUUCGAAAGGACUUGGGCUGUGGAGUCAAAAUGUUUCGCGUGCCGAAAAUCUCGAAAUUGUUAAACAAGAACUGAAGACGUAUCAUACAAAUGAACGAUUGCGAAGUCGAUUGAAUUCGUUACGAAUCAAUGUAAAACAUUUGAAUUUGGAGGAGAAUCUUCUUUGUCGUACUGGUUCAGUGUUGAAACGAAGUGUUUGUGUUCAAUGCCCGAGAGGAACUUUACACAAUAAAACGUUGAAUCGUUGCCAGAUGUGCAAGUUUGGUUAUUACAAUGAUAAGGAAGGUCAAGUUGAAUGUCAAAAAUGUCCCAAAUAUCAAUCAACACGAAAAGUUGGUGCCAAAACAAUCGAAGAAUGUAUUGAGCAAUGCCCGCCCGGAACACAGGCACACGCUCGACUUCGUGCAAAUCAAAAGAUCCAAACCAGUUUGAUGCCAAACUGUGCCAAAUGUUCACCCGCCCAAUAUCAACCGGAUUUCAAUCAAAUCAAAUGUUUACAAUGUCCAUCCGGUAUGACGUCACCGCGUGGUGCCAUCUCAAUUGAUAAUUGCUUUGAAGAAAAACGUGAUGUGUGCCAAAUAAAUUCGGCAAUUUGUGGACCACAUGGAAUAUGUGUGCAAGAAAAUGGUAAUCGUCAUUUGUACAGUUGUUUAUGUGAAGACGGUUUUACAGGUUCGCAUUGUGAGCAACAAUAUUCGUUGUGUGUUUCGGCGCCUUGUCACAAUAACGGUCAAUGUGUUCAAGUGAAUAGUACAAGUUUCAAAUGUGAAAAAUGUCCGGAUCGUUUUACGGGUGAUACAUGUGAAAUUGAAAUAAGUAGUUGUUCGAAUGAUUAUUGCAGUAAUUUUGGCACAUGCAUUGAAACUGAUCGAAAGCCGGUGUGUGAAUGUGCACCAGGCUAUGCGGGUGAAUUUUGUGAGAUUCGUCAAAAUUUCUGUUCAAAUAAUCCAUGCGAAAGUGGUCAAUGCUUAAAUUCGGCCGAUGGAUCUGGAUGGAUUUGUAAAUGUCCGCCCGGCAUCAUUGGUCGUCGAUGUCAUUUACGGCCAUGCGAUUAUUUGCCAUGCCAUCGGAAUGCACAAUGUGUUGAUCUACCGAUUUUGGGUGCAACACGGCGAAGUUUUCGUUGUGUUUGUCCAAAAGGUUUGAAAGGUGAUACAUGUACACAAAUUAAAUCAGCUUGUGAAUCGAAUCCGUGCAAAAACAAUGGUAUAUGUACACCGUUUGCAUUGCGAAACAUCAAUCAUUUACAUUCAGACGACGAAUUUGAUGAAAAUAUUUAUGAUAAAUACAAUUGUAAGUGCCCACCGUAUUUUUAUGGUGCAAAUUGUGAGACAUUCGUCACACCCGAUUAUGUGCUGGAGUUUACAAAGCCAGGUGUUCAUAACUACGUAAAACUCAAUGGACCGACGAACAAUUUGAACGAGAUUUCAUUUUGUACAUGGAUUCAAACAAAUGAUUCGUUCAACUAUGGUACCAUAUUUUCAUAUGCAACCGAUUCAAUCGAUAAUAUGUUUACUUUGACUGAUUACAAUGGAAUCGUUUUAUACGUGCAUGGAAAAAACAUCAUCACCGAUAUCGAACUGAACGAUGGCGAAUGGCACUUUAUAUGCGUAUCUUGGAUGAGUUUGAAUGGUAAAUAUGAAAUUUACAUUGAUGGAAAUUUACGCUAUUCAGGCAACAAUCUCAGCUCAAAUAUGUUGAUUGAAGCUAACGGCACAGUCGUUGUGGGUCAAGAACAAGAUAGCAUUGGUAGUAAUUUUAGUGACUUGGAAUCAUUUGUCGGUCGUAUUGCAUACAUGGAUGUCUGGAAUCGACGAAUUAGUGCCGAUGAAAUGAUUGAAUUUUAUACAACAUGCGAACCGUAUCAGGGCAAUCUAUUUACAUGGACCGAUUUUAAAUCGAAAAUCUAUGGAGCCGUAAAGAUAUUGAAAUCACCGUUCUGCCAACGAUGCGCACAUAAUUUGAUGCUGAAAAACGGUUUUAUACGCUAUCUUGAAAAUCGUGCAUUUCACUAUUGCAAUGAUGGAUAUAAAAUACAAGGGCCAUCAAUACGAAAUUGCUUGCGAACAUCAAAGUGGUCAUUACCAGUUCCAUAUUGCCGAAGUAUUAAUUGCGGACAAUUACCAUCUCUUUUAAAUGGUCAAGUAACAAUGGAAAAAACAAGUGUGGGUGAAAUUGCAAAGUACUCGUGUAAUGACAAUUAUGUUUUGGUUGGUGCAAAUGUACGAUAUUGUUUAAACAAUAGCACUUGGUCGGAUUCACAGCCGGAAUGUAUAAGCUUAAUCAAAUGUGAUCGAUUGAAGGCGCCACAUAAUGGACGGUUAAUUUAUGCAAAUGAACAUGGUCGAAUUGCCGAUAAUCAGCCCAAUUUUCCAAUGGGCACGUUUGUCGAAGUGCAAUGUGAAAAUGAAACAAUUUUAAAAGGUGAUGGAUUUUUGUCAUGCAUUGACAGUGGCAUCUGGGAUUUGCCAUUGCCUGAAUGUAUUCCAAUUCCAAUAACAACGACAACAGCAACAACAAAAAGUGAUAUUCGAAUAACCACCGUGAAGCCAACUACAGCAACUGUAAAAGCAACAAAGAUAACAACUCGUUCAACAUUCCAAACGAAAGUGAUUUCCGUAUCGAUGGCAAAAUUCGGUGCCGUUCACACAACCGCAGCACCAAAGAUUAUCGAAGUACAGAAGCAACGUCACAUUGAAUUAUCGACAACCACAGCGCCCAAACCGAUGCCAAUCAAAUUGACAUAUCUUCCGGACAAACAUUUCUGGAUCGAUUUAAAGGAACUUUACUAUCAUGGAUGCAAUAACAAUAAUAAAAUGAGUCCCAUUCUCUGUGCGCUAUUGAAAAAUCCAUCAAAUUACACCGAUCUUACAUUAUAUGAACUUCCUGAUACGAGCGAUUUUAAGCAUAUGGAUCAAAAAUUGCUGACGCAUUUGACACAAGCCGACGAAUCAUUAAAUGCAAAACCAGAUCGUAUAUUGACAAUGGAACAUUUAUUUCCAUUCAUAUUAUAUGGAUUCAAUGAUUCAGCGAAAAAUCAACAACGAAUGCCAUCAACCGUGGAAAAUGCAUAUCGUUAUGUACUCUGUCUUUACAUUGACACGAUAUUGUUCGAUCGAAAUUUAAAUUUAACAUUCUUACAAGAACCCCCAUCUGGCGACGAUAAUGUUACGCAAAAACUAAAGUAUUUUAUCGUUCGCGUCACUUCCAAGGUCUUUGAUGAAUAUUCACAAGCUAUGCGUCGAAUGAGUCAACGCAUAAAGACGAUACCAACUCAAGUCGAAUCGACCAGCAUCAAUUCAAUUGAAAGUGUUUCAGCGACUUCAUCGGUCGAUGAAAGUGUAACUGAAUCAAUCGCAUUUGAUACAACAACAAUUUCGCUUCAAUUCGAUGAAAAUGAUGAAAUUUUAAAUGCAAUUUCAUCACAAAUGAAAACAACCACAUCAUCGGAAAGUGAAGCAAAUGAAGAGUCAUGCCAAUUGGAAGCAUUACCCGAGAUUCCAUCAAACAGUUAUUUUAGCGAAAUAAAAUUAGACAAUGAAACAUUAUUCAACACACCAGAUAGACUGUAUUUAAUUGGACCGAUGUCAGUACGGACACGAGCAUAUGUUAUGUGCAAAGAUGGUUUCAAAGCAAAAUCAAAUCAACCAUACUAUUUUGAGUGCAAUGAAAAUCUCAAGUGGAACGGUUCACAGAUUGAAUGUAAAGCGGUCACAUGUGGAACGCCGAUUCUGAAUGAGCUAUCGUUCAAUUCAAGAAAUUCAAAAAAUCAUUACGCUUAUGGUCAAAAGCUACAACUUAAAUGCAAUCCAGGCUAUGAAUUAAAAGGUGAACCAUAUGUGCAGUGUUUGGCGACGGGCAUGUGGUCACGGAACAUUUCAAAUUGCUCAAGAAUUUCAUGUUUAAAGCCAGAUAUGCCGGAACAUGCAAAAAUCAUUCAUGCAACAUCCUAUUUGUACUCUGACAAGAUGAUCUUUUCAUGCAAUGCAAAAAUAUUUGAAAUUGUGUGUAAAGCCGAUGGACAAUGGUCACAACAGCCAAAACAACUCUGCCCGAUAUGACCAACAUACGCAUUCAAUUGAUAACAAGACUGUUUUCUCUUCUACUUCUAUUUUGUUUCCGUAAUGAAUAAGUGUUACACAAGUCAAAAUGCGUCAAAUACGUAUAUGAUUUCAAGUGAUUUUUUUUAUUAUUUGUAAAAAAAAUUUAAA